CGGACACCCCGAAAUGGACUCAGUGGCCAUUGAGGAUGUGGUUGUAACCUUCACCCUAGAAGAGUGGACCUUAUUGGAUUCUUCACAGAAGAAACUUUACAGAGAUGUAAUGCGACAAACUUUCAAGAACCUGGCCUCAAUAGGGAAGAAAUGGGAUGAUCAUGACAUUGAAGAAUUGUAUAAAAACCAGGGGAGAAAACUAAGAAAUCAUAUGGCGGAGAGACUCUGUGAAACUAAAGAGGGUAGUCAAUGUGAAGACAACUCCAAUCUUAUUUCAGAAAUGACUUUGAACAAGAAGACCACUGCAGUGAAACCACAUGAAUGCAGUACAUGUGGAAAAGUCUUUAUGCAUCAUUCACCCCUUGAUAGGCACAUCAGAUGUCACACUGGACACAAACCAUAUGAAUAUGACAAAUACAGAGAGAAGCCUUAUACAUUUAGGACAUGUGGUAAAACCAGUUACCGCCAUUUUUUUUAUAAACGUGUAGAGAAAUCUUACAAAUGUAAGGAAUGUGGGGAAUCCUUUAGGCAUCCCCAGUUUGUUCACAAACAUGAACAGAUUCAUACUGGAGAGAAAUGGUAUCAAUGUAAACAAUGUGGAAAAAUCUUUAGAUAUCUUCAAGGCUUCCAAAAACAUAAAAAAACUCACACAGGAGAGAAACCAUAUGAAUGUAAGCAAUGUGGUAAAGCUUUCAAUUGUUCCAGUUCUUACCAAAGUCAUGAAAAAACUCAUACUGGGGAGAAACCUUAUGAAUGUAAGGAAUGUGGGAAAGCCUUCAGUUAUCACUCUUCCUUUCUAUUACAUGAGAGCAUUCAUACUGGAGAGAAACACUAUACAUGCAAGGAAUGUGGUAGAGGCUUUCAUCGUAACGGAACCUUAAAACGGCACAUGAGACUGCACAAUGGGAAGGAACUCUAUGAAUGUAAACAAUGUGGUAAAGCCUUCAGAUAUUUUGUUUGCUUUGAGAAACAUGAAAGAAGUCAUACUUGAAACAUUGAAUGUAAGGAAUGUGAAAAGGCCUCAUAUUACCAAACCUUAAAAGUACACACUAAACUGCACAGCAGAGAAAUCAUAUGA